AUGACCAGCCUCCUGAUCUGGAAAGCCGGUGCCCUCUUUGGCGCGUCUGCCAUUGCGCUCGGGGCGUUUGGGGCCCAUGGUCUUAAAAACCGCAUUACUGACCCGAGGAAGCUGGCCAACUGGGGAACUGCCGCGCAAUACCAGCUAAUUCACUCCGUCGCCAUGCUUGCUGCCAGCAAUUACCCUGUUGCAGGAAGCCUCUUCGCCACAGGCAUCACCAUGUUCUCGGGCAGUCUCUACCUCCUCGUGCUGGACUCGGAGCGCUUCCGAUACUUGGGACCUGUCACGCCACUUGGUGGGCUCUGCCUGAUCGGCGGCUGGCUUGCUCUGGCCUUUGCCAAGCGCGGGCGGCUGUAA